AUGUUUCACUUCUUCAGAAAGCCUCCAGAAUCUAAAAAGCCGUCGGUACCAGAGACAGAAGCAGAUGGCUUUGUCCUUUUAGGAGAUACAGCACAUGAACAAAGAGUGGCAGCAAGAGGCAAAACUUCCGAUGUAGAAGACGACCAGCCUUUGGAGACUGGCAAAGAAAACUCAUCCAGUGUGACUGUGGCAGGGCCUGAGACGGAAAAUAAGGCAGGCCAAGCCCUGGAGAACAGCUCACUCAUGGCCGAGCUCCUGAGCGACGUACCCUUCACCUUGGCCCCACACGUGCUGGCCGUGCAGGGCACCAUCAGCGACCUUCCUGACCACUUACUCUCCUAUGACGUCAGCGAAAACUUAUCAAGGUUUUGGUAUGAUUUCACUCUGGAAAACUCAGUACUCUAUGGUUCAUAA